AUGGAUGCGUUGUUUCGAGCGGUGAGGAAGUCACCAAAUGUGUCCAAGGACCAAGGAACAUCCAAGGCUUCUAAAAUCCCUGAAGGAUGGGGUGAAAAUAAGGAACCAGUGAUUGAUGGCGUUACUUUCUACCUCAAGUACAUUGGCUCUACACUGAUUGAAGAGAAAGAUAUCAACCAGACAUAUGGAGAUGGCACCAGUACUAAAGCUAUACAGAAUAUUAUCACUAUGGCACAAAACUUUGAGUCACACCCAAAACAGUACAGUAGAUUGACAGUAACACCGAAAGGCAUUCGAAGUUUAGUUUCCGACAAUCACUACAACCAUAUAUUUGCCUAUAUUGCAAGAAACACAACUAACGAAACUAUGGAAUGCCAUGCAUUUUUGUGUGCCAAGAGAAAAAUCGCUCAGGCAGUCACUCUAACUGUCUCACAAGCCUUCUCCAUUGCACAAGAGAGAUGGUUAGAAGGCAAGCGCCUGAGGAAAUCAUUACGAGAAAAAGCAGUCAUGGAAAAGAUUCAGCAGUGGGCGGUGCCCAUUACAGUGAGAAGCUCACCAGAGGGGUCAUCUCAACAACAAGAGGUUCAUCACUCGGAUUUAAGGAAGAAUUGGGAGAGCUUUGAGGAUUCAGACAGUGAGAACAUAGAUGAUAUGUUUUCAAGGCUGGCUGAAAACAGAAUAAGAAAGUUCUCCAACUUCGGCACAGAUCUGAUAGAGGAUGAGCUAGAUGCUGGUGUUCAGAAAUAUAUGGAAGGAUCUGCAUGCUUUGAGGCAUUUUCUCGAACAAAGUCAUCCGAAGAUCUGCUCAAUUUGUUUUGA